AUGGCAGCAGCCUCCGUCUGGCUGCAGCUCCCUCCCCAUCGUCUCCACAGCCCCCUGCUCUCACUCCCAAGCAACCAUUCUUCCUCUGCAUGCCCUCCAGCAUACAAGAAGCAUGCCGUGCUAGGUCCAGGGAGAGGAAACCACCUUCUGUGCGGUGCUUCUGGCGCCACUUCUUCUGUGGUGACCAAGGAGCAGGAGGGGGCAGCCUCUGAUCCUUCGUCAGAGGAAGGAUCUCCUGAGCCUGAAAUCUAUAGCUACAAGGAUGACCCCAACUUCAGGGGCUGCAAGGGCUGCGGCAGGGAAGAGGUUGAGAGGGGCUGCAAUGGCGAAGGGCGGAUCCAGGGUGGCAUAGCCGCCGUCCCAGGCUUCGGCUGGUGGCCCAUCAAGGCGUACCGGCCGUGCCCUGGCUUCGUCGCGUCCGGCGGCCGCUACCGGCGCCAGGGCCAAAGCAUGGACGACGUUGCAUCCGGCAGGGGAAAGAAGAAACCCACUCCCGCCCAAAAGAAGAGUAUGCUGCAUACUAAUGUUACUGUCUAUCUGACUUCAACUUUCAACUUGCAGCGACAAGUAAUCCCAGCCCAAGGAACUGCAGUGUUGACAAUGCCAGGAAGUUUGUUGUGUUAUUCAGGCAGGGUGACUAAUGAGAUUCGGCUGUCACUGCCUGCAUCAGCAGUAGAUAAUGUUUCUUACCAGAAAUUUAGAAUCUAUCCAAGAUGCAAUCUGGGAAAGUUUACUGGUGUGGAAUUGGGGAAGCUCAAGUUAUUCAGAAACAACAGUUUUGGUCCACAAUGCCAAUAUAUGUGCACUAGUUGGGACUGGUUGCAGAAACAACAAGAAUGUAGGGUGCAGUGUUGUCCUCCUAGGCUCCUGGCAAUCACGUACGAUUUCGAUUCCAAUUGUAAUAGUAGCUUGGAACAUCUGACUGUGGACCUAUAUUAUUGUCUUCAAGUAGAACUAGGUGAGCUUCACAGUGUUAGCAACCUGGUCACCGGCGGUAGGGAAUCGGAACAGAGGAAGGAAGAACUGGGGAAGAAGGCAGAGGCGCUCUAG